AUGGCGCCUUUCCCCUCGAAGCUCGUCACCGCUUAUCCGCCUUGGUGCGAGGAUGUUGGCAGCCAGAACCUGGAGCCUACUCCCCAGCCAUUUGCUCUGACACUUCCUCACGUUAUCCGCCGCAACACUGACCUCUACAAGGCCAUCGGCGAGAUGGACGACCUCACUGACAAGGCUCUCAAGGAGCGCCUCAUCCCCCUCUGCCGUGAGCUGCAGGAAUACCAAGAGCAAGACCAGGAACAGAUUCACGGUCUCUCCAAGGCCAUCGUCGCCAAGUAUGGCGAGUGCUCCAUCCGUGUCAUGCGUCGCACCUGGGACCUCUAUCUUGCGCUCACCACUACCCCCGAAAUCCCUGGCGAUGACCCUGGCAUCUUUGACCAGACCGAGUGGCUCUCCAGCAUCCGCCGGGUUUUUGCGGACGACUUUCAGGUCAUCAGCAAGUUCCAGGAGGAAGGUCUUCAGAGCACCUAUGUCACCGAUGUUCUCGUCCAGGAGCAGUCAGACCGCAUCAAGCGUGCCGAGAAAGAGCGCGAGAUCUUCCAGGCCAUGCACAACGAACUCACCCAAGAGGACCUUGAGGAUAUGCCAGCCUACAAGAGCACCGCCCUCGGAGAGGCUCCCCUUUCUGCCCUCCGCCGCUGCAUCUACACAGCCCAGGUCUUCCACCAGGCUCUCCGCGACAGGGGAGAGGGAGUCCUCGAGAAUGACGAAGAGGAGAUCAAGUGGCUCUACCAGGCCAAGCAGCUCUGGCACAUUGCCGGCCGUGCCGCCAUGAGCUGGGCUCCCCGCCGCCACGGAGAGAUUCAGGGUAUUCUUACGGUCUACUGCCAGGACCUCAUUACCCGUCGUCGCCGCGAGGGUUACGAGCGUGACGCUGGACUCCGUGCCCAGCUGGAGGCCAUCCUCGGAGAUACUCGCCACGGGAACGCCUACAUGGUAACUGACGAGUCCAACUCUGACGAGAAUGAAGACAAGAAUGCCGAGGACAAGGGGAAGGAGAACGCCGACUAA